AUAAUGACAUUCCACGCCUUACGUCAUCUUCCGGUGUCGAGGUUCAGUCAUGUGACCCUGGUCACAUGACUCAUACCGGAAGCGCUUGUGUUGCACUGUGUGCCCUUAGUUCCUCUGAUUCUUGGUUCUGAGGUGUUAAAGGGGGCAACUGGUGAGAGGUCAAAUAACUGAACUAGAACCAGGGACAAAAUGCAGGUGCAUGAAAGGUCACACACAGGGGGUCACACGUGUCAGUGUAACCAUGGCAGCGAGAAAAAAGCACCUGCAACAGGGAAGGUCCAUUCGGAAGGGGGUUCAGCGCGCAUGUCCCUCCUUAUCCUCGUCUCUAUAUUCCUGUGUGCCGCCUCCAUCAUGUUCCUGGUCUACAAGCACUUUCCACAGCUCAGCGAAGAGGAGCGAGAGAAGAUAAAAGUCCCACGAGACAUGGACGACGCUAAGGCUUUGGGCAAAGUCCUCUCCAAGUAUAAAGACACGUUCUAUGUGGAGGUGUUAGUGGCUUAUUUCACCACUUACAUAUUCUUGCAGACCUUUGCAAUCCCAGGCUCCAUCUUUCUCAGCAUCCUCUCGGGGUUCCUGUACCCCUUCCCUCUGGCUCUCUUCCUGGUCUGCUUGUGCUCUGGACUCGGCGCCUCAUUCUGCUACUUGCUCUCGUAUCUCGUGGGGCGGCCGGUCGUCUACAAAUACCUGUCGGACAAAGCUAUCAAAUGGUCCCAGCAGGUCGAGCGGCACCGAGAUCACCUGAUUAAUUACAUCAUAUUCCUGAGAAUUACGCCGUUUCUUCCAAAUUGGUUCAUCAAUAUCACCUCUCCGGUCAUUAACGUUCCUCUCAAAGUCUUCUUCCUGGGGACAUUUAUAGGGGUGGCUCCGCCUUCUUUCGUGGCAAUCAAGGCCGGGACGACCCUGUACCAACUCACGACGGCGGGGGAGGCCGUGUCCUGGAACUCGGUCAUUAUUCUCAUGGUACUUGCCGUACUCUCCAUACUGCCGGCCAUUUUCCAAAAGAAACUGAAGAAGAAGUUUGAGUAACUGCCUCCCCCUGGGGCGGAUCAUAAGCUCAGGGCGGUGCCAACACCGGCGCCUCCUCCCAUCGGACUCGCUAUUCCAGAAACUUAACGUUUUUUAUAAUUUAAUUUAAUUACUGUUUUCGGUUACUCGGCCCGGUAAUAUAUUAAAAUAUUUUAUGUUCCUCUUAAAUUCUGUUGCCCUUCUACGGGCCAAGCUGUACAUUUCCUGAACACGUUGCCCAGCCUUGGGGCUAUGGGACAGAACUGUGCUGUGGGACCGGCCCGGCUUUGUGGUGGAGCUGGAGGGACCGCCCGGCCUUGUGGUGGAGCUGGAGGGACCGGCCCGGCCUUGUGGUGGAGCUGGAGGGACCGGCCCGGCCUUGUGGUGGAGCUGGAGGGACCGGCCCGGCCUUGUGGUGGAGCUGGAGGGACCGGCCCGGCCUUGUGGUGGAGCUGGAGGGACCGGCCCGGCCUUGUGGUGGAGCUGGAGGGACCGGCCCGGCCUUGUGGUGGAGCUGGAGGGACCGGCCCGGCCUUGUGGUGGAGCUGGAGGGACCGGCCCGGCCUUGUGGUGGAGCUGGAGGGACCGGCCCGGCCUUGUGGUGGAGCUGGAGGGACCGGCCCGGCCUUGUGGUGGAGCUGGAGGGACCGGCCCGGCCUUGUGGUGGAGCUGGAGGGACCGGCCCGGCCUUGUGGCCCGGCCAAUACUCCUUCUGGGAAGGCCAUUUCCAACUAGAAGAAAGAAGUAUGGCAGCUUCCUUGGUCAGGGAGAAGGUUAAACAUGCUGCGUUCUUAAAGGAACAGUAAUGCCAAAUAAUAAAAAUGUAGUGUAGUGCCCUAUACUUUUAAAAGCUGUGUGUUUGCCCCCGGAACCCUACUGUAGUUUAUAUAAACAAAGCUGCUGUGUAGCCCCGGGGGCAUCCAACUUUGGUAGCAAACACACAACCUUUCCCAGUGCAGGGCAACAGUACAAAUCCAGUUUCUUCAGCCUUGUGGUAGAGGCCGGCCUUGUACAAUAUACUGUAUAAAUAUAUACAAUAGAACUGGCCCAAUAUACACAAAUAUAUACACAAGGCUGAUUAGUUAUGAAUUCAAAGUCAAGUUACAUUGUGGCAGCAUAGAAACCAGUGCAGUCUGCAUCAGAAUUGAUUCAUAACCAGCCCUGUAGCAUCAGCGUCUAUAACAGAUGUGACAGCACUUCCUGCUUUAUGGCUAUGCCCCCUAAGCGUAGCUCCUCCCCAGAGCCCACUGAGCAUGUGCAGUGCCACUGACACACAAAAGAUGGCCUAACAAGAUCCGGGGUGGGGGUGGGGGGCAACCGUGAAGGCCGGGAUCAUUGCUGUUAUAGGGCUGCUACACGUCUGGGCUGGUACAGUAAGUACAGAAUAUAAAAUACAGCAUUUCUAGCCUUGGGCUCUGGGCUGCUGGGGAGGAGCUAAGCAUUGGGGGCGUGGAAAAUCAUCAAGCAGGAAGUGAGGUCAGAUCUGCCAGCAUUUCUAGCCUAGUUUUGUACUGUUUAGAAGCGGGUGUGGGUGAAUGUGAGACCCACUCAGAGCCUGGUACUAAAAGCGCUAUUUAUACUUAAAGGGGAACUCCACCCAAACACAACUUAAGCUUUUUGAAAAGUAAACAUCAUUUCAUGCAACUUUGUAAUAUACAUCAAUUAAACUUAUUCUGCCUUUUCAUGGUUA